AUGGCGAGGAGGCAACAGCCUGCCGCGGCAGAUGGCAGUAAGAAGCAUGGCAAGGCGACGCCUCCAUUUCCUGCUAAGCAGAUGUUUGUGUUAGACUUCCACGUCACGGAUGAUGCCAGCAAGAUUUCGGUAUACGCGGGAAUGGUCACCUCAGCCUUCACCUUGGCCGAGUUUGCGACCGGAGUCUUCUGGGGAAGGCUGAGUGACAAGAUUGGGCGGAAACCCGUUUUGCUGUGUGGUCUGCUGGGAACGGCUCUGAGCGUCCUGGUUUUUGGCUUCGCGCCCAAUCUACCCGUGGCUCUCUUUGCUCGAGCCCUUGGCGGGCUUCUGAAUGGAAAUAUUGGCGUCUUGCAAACGACCGUUGCCGAACUCGUCACGGUCAAGGAACACCAGCCCCGGGCGUACACCAUCAUGCCAAUGGUCUGGUGCAUUGGCUCAAUCAUUGGUCCAAUGGUUGGCGGUGCCCUCGCCCGUCCUUGCAUCAGCUACCCGGGCAUAUUCCACCCGGGCACCAUCUGGGAUAGCUAUCCAUACCUCCUCCCCAACCUCUUCAGCGCUGCCGCCGUCUUUGUCGGAGUUGUCAUCGGCUUCUUGUUCUUGGAGGAAACGCAUGCGGUAAAGAAGUGGCAACGAGACGCCGGGCGCGAGCUGGGUGACCGGCUCCUUGACCUGGUCGGCAAAGUGCCCCUUUGCCCACGACUGGGCCGGCCGGCCGAGAAGAAAAGCCUCCUGGCUGAACGCGGUUUGACGGGAUAUCGCGCUGCGAACUCGAGAGGCGCCGGCUUGCCGGACGCGGAUGAACCUUUGCCAGUAUAUCACAGCAGAGAGUCUUCACCGAAUCUGGCGCCCCGGGCAGAUGCAGACCCCGGCAUUGCCCCUGGCUCUGGCCGGCGAGAAUCGGGGGAUAAGCCGUUGAGGAUAUUCACCAAGCCCGUCAUUAUGAACAUCAUGUCGUAUGGCAUUCUUGCAUUCCACACAAUGACUUUUGAUCAGCUCUUCCCAGUCUUUCUGAGCACAGAGACUCCAAUAGACGGGCCAAAGAUAGAGCUCCCCUUCAAGUUUGUAAGCGGCUUUGGCCUCGAUACCAAGACUAUAGGCGUCAUUAUGUCGGUUCAAGGCUUGUAUUCGCUCUUCUCCAACUACGUAAUCGUAGCCGCAGUCACGACCCGGCUCGGUUCCCUUCGGCUAUUCCGAAUUCUGGCCUUUUCUUACUUCGCCUUAUACCUCGUUACACCUUACCUCGUCUUGCUUCCACAACAUCUUAGCAUGCCCGCCAUCUACAUCGUGGUCAUCUGGAAAUGUACUUACGCAACCAUGGCCUACCCAAACAACGCUAUUCUGCUGGCAAAUUCGGCACCAACGAAGAAAGUUCUAGGCACUAUCAAUGGCGUAGCAGCCUCUACGGCCAGCCUUUGCAGAGCCCUCGGGCCAACAGUCUCCGGGUUCUUGUAUGCUGCCGGACUACAUACUGGCUACUCUGGCUUGGCCUGGUGGUUCAGCGGAGUCGUGACUUUGCUUGGAGCUUAUCUGAGCUCGCAAAUCUCUGAGAAUGGACCGCAGAUUACAGAAUUAGGAAAUGAUGAUCCUCUCCUGGACGAAUGA